GAGCCGAGCUGCCGAUGACCAGCUCAGAAAACUGGCUCCAAACGCUUACAAAAUGAGUAGUCUGCGCUGCAAGAUCCUACAGUUGGCUGUGCUGCUGAUGCUGGCUGCUUUGCAGAUGGGAGCCGACCACUUGGACAGCGAUGAAUGCGGCUGCGGGCGGCGGGGUUGAGAUGAGACAUCAAUAAACAAGCGACGAGCAAUGCAUACAA